AUGCCUGCUCCUUAUUCUGACAACCUCUAUUCCGCCGACUCUGGCGAGGAACCUGAUGCCCUCUCGCCAACUGACGGUUACUUCCACGCGUCGUCUGAGUCGUCGUCAUCUCGCUCUCCCCACGUUCCAAACGUGCUGGUUGAGGAUCCCACGCAGUUGAGUCGAGAUGACAAAGCUAGAGAAGCUGAGAGGGAGAGGUUGUUAUUAAAUACCGGAGGCUCUUCCGGGAGAGAAGAACGUGGUGAAAGCACUGCUUCAGCACACGGAGCGCAGGGAAGUGCCGAGAAUCCAAUCGCUGCAACUCCCCAGCCUCAACCUCAGCCUCGGUCUUAUUCACAAAGAAUCUCGACGUUUGCUCACUCUGUUGAUGCACCGCCUGCCUACUCACCUUCGCCUACUUCACCAAACACAGUUAACAAUUAUCAGACCUUUACCUCUACGGCGACUAUGGGUCGACCCGAAGAGACUCAACCUCUUGUUGCCCACUCUCAUGAACCAGAGUCUAUGAGCGAUCCGUCUCCUAACUCAGGUCAAUCAUCUUCACGUUGGGAGAAUAUCAGAGACUUCAUUGCAAGACUCCACUUCCGAAGGAAGCUCAAGACAUUUCUUGCUUCGCUGUUGAUAUUUUCCGUCGUUUUUAUGAUCUUUAGCAGCUUCACCUUGCAGUCGAGCCACGGGCCGAAUCAAGUCAAGGAACGUGGCAAGUUCACCUGGAGUCCUUCCAGUUCAUGCCCCAACAAGGCCCAUCGUACCGGAACGGUCACCAAAGACAUAGAUAUCCAACCAUCACGCGAUCUCAGCGUUGUCCAAACCGUCAAAGACAUCAGAGGCCAUGAAGGGUGGACUACCCACGUCUCGGGCGAAUUCAUCCUUCGUCCUACAGGUAAAUCAUCGCCUGCCAAAAUAGAUAUCGAGGUCCUUUCCAACACCGACGGUCUCGGUGUCGAUGUGGAUAUUGAUAAGACUAUGCAAUUCAUCGAAGUGAUAGUGCCGCGAAGGAUGGCCCAUAACACAUCUGAAUCGACUCCUUGUAUCCAAGUCCGAGUUACUAUCUGGGUGCCUGACGGAUCGGUUAUCAACACUCUCACUCUCAAUACCGCGCAGUUUGAUGUGAUCAUCGACCCGGGCGUCACCCUUGGGGCUUUGGGCGGUGUCAAUAUCCGGACUGCUAGUGGCGAUGUCACUACCCCUGGCCUUGAUGGAACCACCACUGACAAGGACGCUGCUCUAUACAAUCUUUCUUCUCGGGAGAUCCACAUCCAUACAGCCAGUGGUGAUGUGAAGGGAUGGUAUCCUUUAUACGAUCUUCUCGAUAUCGGAACCGCCUCAGGCGACGUCACCACCAGCAUUGGCCCCAAGCCUGUCAACCCGCAAGACGUUAAAUCCGCCACAUUCAAAGUGCGAUCUGCUUCCGGAACCAUCACGAUCGAUGAGCCUAUCGCGGGUGCUCAAAAAGCUCCCCGUCCGGAUCGCGAGUUUCCACCGCGGGACUACAUAGUCGACAUCAUCACUGCAUCGGGAGAUAUCAAGGCCAAUGUAGCUGCGAGUUCGUCUGCAUCUUUCAAAUCUCAAUCUGGUGAUUUGGAGCUCCAGAUCUGGCCUGUGCUGGAUUCAAGUUUGAUGACGGGUGUUACCAGUCUGGCCAGCCCGAAUCUCGUGACGGAUACAAAGAGCGGCGAUACUUCAGUUAAACUUCUUGAGCCCUUGUGGACAAGCCCUGCUACUAUCGGCAGUGUAAUCCCUCCCUUGGAGCCCUACGACCCAAAGAGCGGCCGUGAUCCAUACUUUGUUCUUACAGAAGAGUCCGAGACUGAAGCCGGCGUUAGCAAGCCCGUCUUUGGACUUCUCCAGUCAAAGCACAAGUCGAUCAGCGGAAAUGUCAAGCUCUCUUAUCCCGCGUCCUGGGAGGGUAUUCUGUACGCACAAUCCAUGUCAGGCUCGCAACACUACCAGGGCAAGGAUUUGAAGAUUACGCGCGAGGGAGGAACGUUUAUGAAUAUCAUUAGAGGACGCAAGGGUACCAAAGGAUACUCUUCCCUCGAGGUUGAGACCGUGUCUGGUGAUCAGGAUGCUGUAAUUGGAGACAAGUAA